AUUCAGACAAUAAUACACACCUUCCCGUCUGGACAGCUAACUAACUAAACUGCAAAUACAGAAGCGUGUGUUAUUUCAUCUCUCUUCUCACCUGCUCAUGAACUAAUAGUCAGACGGCAGAUCUCCGCAGUCAUGAUGUCCAUGAACAGCAAGCAGGCUUUCAGCAUGCACCCUCUUCUGCAUGAACCCAAAUAUACGCCACUCCACUCCAGCUCAGAGGCGCUCAGACGGGCAUGUCUACCCACUCCGUCGCUACAAGGGAACAUCUUUGCAGGUUUCGACGAGACCUUGCUGCAGAGAGCCGAGGCGCUAGCCGCAGUGGAUUUAGCUUCUCAGAAAAAUAACCUAUACAAGCCGGAUGCCACUUAUCACACCAUGACCAGCAUGACAUGCACCCCAACGUCCUCGUCCGUCCACCUGCCCCACCCUUCUGUCCUCACGAGCCACCACCACCAUCAUCACCACCAGCCGUCGCAGGGGCUGGAGGGCGACCUCCUGGACCACCUCACGCCUGGUCUCUCUCUGGCCUGCAUGGCAGGACCCGAUGUGGGCUCCACAGCGUCGCACCCCCACUCACACAUGUCUGCCAUCAACCACAUGUCUCACCAUCACCCCCAGACCAUGAACAUUCACCCCCACAGCCUCGGCUCUCAUGCCUCGCUUGGAAGCGCAGGGGAGUCCGAACCUGACCCGCGGGAGCUGGAGUCGUUUGCAGAGAGAUUCAAGCAGAGAAGAAUCAAGCUCGGUGUCACCCAGGCGGACGUGGGGUCUGCUCUGGCUAACCUGAAAAUCCCAGGCGUUGGUUGUCUUAGCCAGAGCACUAUCUGCCGGUUCGAGUCACUUACACUCUCCCACAAUAACAUGGUGGCCCUCAAACCCAUCUUGGAAGCCUGGCUAGAAGAAGCGGAACGGGCGCAGAGGGAGAAAAUGACCAAGCCCGAGAUAUUUAACGGAGGUGACAAGAAACGCAAAAGAACCUCCAUAGCGGCUCCCGAGAAGCGGUCCUUGGAAGCCUACUUCUCUGUGCAGCCCAGACCAUCUUCGGAAAAGAUAGCAGCCAUAGCAGAGAAACUAGAACUGAAAAAAAACGUGGUGCGGGUCUGGUUUUGCAAUCAAAGACAGAAACAGAAAAGGAUGAAGUUUUCAGCAACACACUAAGAAGAGAUGUUUUAAAAAAGACAGUUAGGAUCUUUCUUUGUUACUUUGUCAAUUGCAUUUUUAUGUUUUGUACGGGGAUCAAAACUUGAUAACAACAUUCCCCCUUUUGUUACAAACUGAAAAAAAAGAUUUUAAAAGGGGGGAUCACGUCAACCCGUAUUCUGUACUGUACUGUACUGAUGGUGAGUUGGAAGUCACCAGUUCAGAUCAAGGAGAGAACUUCACCAUUGACUUUCAUGACAAUUCUAUUGUACAGAAUCUCAGAGAAACUUGAAUAAGAAUAAUGAAUAUUAUCUUUAGUUGAAAAAAAAAACCCUUUUAUAUGUAUUAAUGUAAAUAUUUAUUUGUGAAUACAUUGCACCUCUGUGUGAAGAACCCGCGGGUUUUCUUUUUUAAAUGAUGGUUGGUGUUUGCCGAUAAUAUUGAUGCUUACUUACAUUGUUAAUUUAUGUGAUUUGCAAAAGCGAUUUAACUUAUACCUCCACUAUGACUUGGGGAACUUUGUGUUUAUCAUUGCAUGGUUUACAAAUAAAGCGUAUCUGUGCGUUAGUUUUAAGGAACAAUUUGAAUGCAUUGCAAUAACAACAACAGCAAAAAAAAAAAAAAAAAAAAAAGGUUUACUCUUCUGUUUUUCUACCUCAUCGCUCUAAGCACAUUCAUGGUUGGGAUUUUUUCUUUUCACGAGUUUAAAAGGGGAAAUUAGAUCACAACAAAUAAGUAAACCUGUUUAAUGUCUGUACUUAUUUCACUGUAAUAAUGCUUUGACAAUCAAACCAUUUUUUAAAACAAUUGAGUUGUGAAUUGUUAGUAUUUAUCCACAAAAAAGACCAAAAUGCAUUUAGGUAUUACUGGGACAAGCUUUGCGUACAUUAUUAUUAUUAUUAUUAUUAUUAUUAUUAUUAUUAUUAUUAUUAUUAUUAUUAUUAUUAUUAUUGACAUUUUAAAUUAUUUAAUUAUUUAAAACAGCCAAACAGAUGUUUAGAAAUUAUCUUUUAAUUUCAACACGAUUCCAUGUCCAGUCCUAGGGGUUUUCGUUGUGCACUUUGCAGGUAAAUUUAUAUAUAUAUUUUGUUUGAAUUUAUUUUCUAUUUAUUUAUUUAUCUUUGCUUUAUUUAUUCUAAAGAAUUUCAUUUGUGAUUACCUAAAGGUGUGCUUUAAAAUGUGUCUGUGUAAGCGGCAUAAUUUAUAAUAAACCAUGCACGUUUUACCUCACUCGCUCAUACUAUUUUCUUAAUAAAUUCCUUGGUUGUGAUUAUUUUAUAUUUGUGUAUUUAUUUAUUUUAAAGCGCUGUGUAUCUGUUAGUGUCGGGUCACAUCAUGACGACAGUUCCAUAUCAGAUUUCACUGGAAUCGAUUUUUCAUAGCACGAGGUUCAAGGGUCGCUGUCAGUGUUGAUAUUAUUGUUAUUUUAUACCAUUUUAAGACAUGCUUUAAAAUUACUUGUUAAAGAAAAGCAGAACAUUUAUAGGCAAAAAAUAGUUGGAUACUAAACAUGUGUAUUUUUAUCUUUUUUUGUACAUUAGUUACGUGCUUUUUUAAAUAGCAUGUUUUCUUUAACACGUAAUAAAGAUGUUCUUAUCAUAAAAACA